CCAAAUUAGAAUCUCUUAUCCUCUCCUUUUAAUUCCCCUUCAUUCUCUUACUCCAGAUCUCAAUUUCCCACUCUCAAUUCUCAUUUCUACAUGAUUCUCUGAAUUGAUUCUACCCUAACAAGCAUCAAUCAAAACUCUCUGAAUCGAUUCUUCCUUUUCCUACAUAAUCUUCUCAAAUCCGUGAGAAACAAGCAAAUUACCGUGAUCCCUGAGGUUUUUUCUGAAAUGGGUUCUCUGAAAGGACCAGUUGUUUGCCUUGCUAAAGUAGCAGGGUCUUGCAGUGUUUCUAUGCCUAUGAUUGGAUCAAUGAACUCUAGAACUGAAUUUUGGGGACUCACUGGUGGUGGUAGCAAAGGUAAAGCCAGUGGUGCCCUUUCUUCUCAUGUGAACAUGAGAAGGUGCAUGACUGUGCAUUGCAGCUUCAACUCUUCCUCAAAUGGGAGUGGAAGUAUGGCAGAAAAUUUUAAUCAGAAUGAUGAAGAUUAUGUUAACUCCAGUAUUGUUGAAGCUGUUGAGGUGAAGAGUGGAGCAGAUGGUUUUCUGAUCAAGAUGAGGGAUGGUAGACAUGUGAGAUGCAUCCACAACAACCCUCAAGGAGGGCUGCUUCCUGAUUAUGCACCCCAUCCUGCUAUUGUGUUGAAGAUGGAGGAUGGGACUGGUCUACUUCUACCCAUCAUUGUUUUGGAGAUGCCAAGUGUCUUAUUAAUGGCAGCAGUACGCAAUGUUCAAAUAGCAAGACCUACUUUAUAUCAAGUAGUGAAGGAGAUGAUUGACAAGAUGGGUUACCAAGUCAGAGCUGUUAGAGUUACUAAGAGAGUUCAUGAGGCAUAUUUUGCUCAGAUAUAUCUUUCUAAGGUUGGAAAUGAGGAAGAAUGUGUGAGCUUUGACCUUCGACCUUCAGAUGCUAUCAACAUUGCUGUUAGAUGCAAGGUGCCAAUACAAGUCAACAAGUAUUUGGCAUACAGUGAUGGAAUGAGAGUAAUUGAGUCAGGCAAACUUUCAACACAGUCUCCUGGUUCAGACGGCCCAUUAUUCACUGAACUGGACCGACCAAGCAAUAAGCCUUGUACUGAAACCAAGGAGUUCAAUCUUUUGGAGAACAUGAUGAAAGCUGUUGGAGAAGAACGCUAUCAAGAUGCUGCUCUUUGGAGGGACAAACUUAAUCAACUUAGGGCUGGAAAGAAGGCGAAUAACAGAUCCUGGACACUAUGAAAUUGUAUAUACCAUCCGACAUUAGAAUAUCAGUGGGAAUUGGUAGAGAAGAUUGCUGUCAAAUCAUUCCCUUCUUCCGCUUGUGUAUACGCUUAAUAUGUUUGUGAAUAUUUGUGUAUAUAUCUAAACAUUAACAGAAAUGCAUCAUGUAUUUUGCUUUUCCACUACUUGUUUCAAUCCUCCCGAGCUGUAAAUAUGUAAUUAUGUAUCCUAUUCCAUCCAUUGGAUGCAGCUUCUUGCUGAUGGUUGUGUUGUAUUGCAGGGUUUGGAAAAAAAAUUGGGAUGAUUGAAUAAAAUGCUGUUUAUAUAAA